AGCCGUCUCGGCUUGCUGCGCGCGCGCGCCUCCUCUCCUUCUCGGUGCCUCUCGGGUCCUGGAGGACCUCCUUCGUUUGAGGAAGCGAUGGCCGUGAAGAUGGGCAUCAACGGCUUCGGCCGCAUUGGCCGAUUGGUCGCUCGCGCAGGCAUCGAGAACCAGAAUGUCACCGUCUGCGCGAUCAACGACCCGUUCAUGGACCUGGAGUAUAUGAAGUACAUGCUUAAGUACGACUCGGUUCACAAGUCAUUUGAUGGCACCAUUGUCACCAAGAAGGAGGGCGGCAACGAGUACCUCGUUUGCAACGGCCUGCCCAUCCAGGUCUUCCACGAGAAGGACCCCGCGUCGAUCCCGUGGGGCGCGGCGGGCGCCGCCUACGUGUGCGAGUCGACCGGCGUCUUCACCACGCAGGAGAAGGCCGAACUGCACAUCAAGGGCGGUGCCAAGAAGGUCAUCAUCUCCGCGCCUCCCAAGGACGGCGUCCCCAUGUUCGUGAUGGGUGUCAACCACAAGGAGUACAAGAAGGAGCACACGGUGGUAUCGAACGCAUCCUGCACCACCAACUGCCUCGCCCCGCUGGCAAAGGUCGUCCACGACAGCUUUGGUAUCGUUGAGGGGCUGAUGACGACCGUGCACGCCAUGACCGCCACCCAGUUGACCGUUGACGGGCCGUCGCGUGGUGGCAAGGACUGGCGAGGUGGCCGCGCCGCGUCCGAGAACAUUAUCCGGAAGGGCCUAUGGCCCUGGGAAGGUCAUCCCUUCGCUGAACGGCAAGCUGACCGGCAUGGCGUUCCGCGUGCCCACUCCCGACGUGUCUGUGGUGGAUUUGACCUGCAGGCUGGAUAAACCCGCCAAGAUGGACGACAUCGUGGCGAAGAUCAAGGAGGC